CGGAGGCCUGUAGAGCGCAUGCUCUGGGGCAGUUCGCGGCCGGGCCGGGGAGCGGAGGAGUUCCUUGUGGCCGACCUGCAGCGAGGACAGGAAGAUGCCACCCAAGCGUAUAACUAAGAGAAGGUCACCCCCUGAAGAUGCCCUCCCCAAAAGCAAGAAGGUGAAAGACCCUCGUAACCAGGCAGUGAGGGCCGUUGCCUCCCGCUGCGUUCCAGGUGCCCGCUCCUGCCAAGUCUCACAUAGGUCCCACAACACAGAACCGGGUUUGGUGCUGACACUGGGCCAGGGCGACGUGGGCCAGCUGGGGCUGGGCGAGAAUGUGAUGGAGAGGAAGAAGCCAGCCCUGGUGCCCAUUCCAGAGGACAUCGUGCAGGCUGAGGCUGGGGGCAUGCACACUGUGUGUCUAAGCAAAAGUGGCCAGGUCUACUCCUUCGGCUGCAAUGAUGAGGGUGCCCUGGGAAGGGACACAUCAGUGGAGGGCUCGGAGAUGGUCCCUGGGAAAGUGGAACUGCAAGAGAAGGUGAUACAGGUGUCAGCAGGAGACAGUCACACAGCGGCCCUCACCGAGGAUGGCCGUGUCUUCCUCUGGGGCUCCUUCCGGGACAAUAAUGGUGUGAUAGGUCUCUUGGAGCCCAUGAAAAAGAGCAUGGUGCCUGUGCAGGUGCAGCUGAGUAUGCCCGUGGUGAAGGUGGCCUCAGGAAACGACCACUUGGUGAUGCUGACAGUUGAUGGCGACCUCUAUACUUUGGGCUGCGGGGAGCAGGGCCAACUGGGCCGCGUGCCUGAACUAUUUGCUAAUCGUGGUGGCCGGCAGGGCCUCGAACGACUCCUGGUCCCCAAGUGUGUGAUGCUGAAAUCCAGGGGAAGCCGGGGCCAUGUCAGAUUCCAGGAUGCCUUCUGUGGUGCCUACUUCACCUUUGCCAUCUCCUCUGAGGGCCAUGUAUAUGGCUUUGGCCUCUCCAACUACCAUCAACUAGGAACCCCAGGCACAGAAUCUUGCUUUGUACCUCAGAACCUGACAUCCUUCAAGAACUCCACGAAGUCCUGGGUGGGCUUCUCUGGUGGCCAGCACCAUACAGUCUGCAUGGAUUCGGAAGGAAGAGCGUACAGCCUGGGCCGGGCUGAGUAUGGGCGGCUGGGCCUUGGGGAAGGUGCCGAGGAGAAGAGCGUACCCACCCUCAUCUCCAGGCUGCCCGCCGUCUCCUCGGUGGCUUGUGGGGCCUCUGUGGGGUAUGCUGUGACCAAGGAUGGUCGUGUUUUUGCCUGGGGCAUGGGCACCAACUACCAGCUGGGCACAGGACAGGAAGAGGAUGCCUGGAGCCCCGUGGAGAUGACAGGCAAACAGUUGGAGAACCGUGUUGUCUUAUCUGUGUCCAGCGGGGGCCAGCACACAGUCUUACUAGUCAAGGACAAGGAACAGAGCUGAUGAAGCCUCUGAGGGCCUGGUUUCCAGCCCCCCAACCUCCCUCCUGGAACAAGGAAGCCAUGAUGUCUACGUAUUCCAGCAGGCCUCUUCCAGCUCCAAAUACUCUGUCAUCUCCUGCCUUUUUCCCAUCAGCAGAACAGAAUCCUUCUCUUUUUUUUCCCCUCCUUUUCCAGGAUCAUCCUGGGACCUACAGGAUGAGGGUGGGAUAGAUGGAAGAGGGGAGGGGGUUUUAAUCAGAAAGAACAUUGCUGACCCCAAAGCUAUGUGGUUAGACCUUUCCUCCUCAUCCCUACUUCCCGUGGUCCUGGCUGACCCUGGUUUUGCCUAUCAAAAACCAAAACUUCCUCCCCUGCGUGUUUGGUGCCCAUACUCUGAGAAGUUGGGGCUCCAUCAAGUCCUGCUCUAGUCAUGUGCCACUCUUCCUGUCCUUCACAACCCACAGACAGACAAAUGGUACAGUCCUGAGACCCAGCUGUCAUGGACCUACGCCUGGGGAAACUGGAGAAGGGGCAGGGCUACCCAGCCAUGGGCAACCCCAAGCCAAAUAUUUGGCCCUGAACAGGUGCCCAUGGGGCAAAAAAACAGUGAUCCUCCGCUUGAUCAAGGAAAAAGCCAGUCAGCCUUUCUCCCAGAAGCACAAAGCAUUCUGCCCUUCAGGCCUUGUCUGCCGAGUCUCAGCCAUCCAACCUGCCUCACCUGCAGCCAAGGGCCUGAAAUCCAGAAAGGAAGCUAUGCCUGCAGGGCAGGACCUCGGGAAGAGGGGAAGGAGGGCUUUAUAAGCAAACUUACAGCAAUAUUGAGAGUGAAGGGAGGGCGGGGAAGAGGGUUGGAGGGGCAGAGACUGGUCCCCAGAAAGGGAAGCAGUAGCUUGUACAGUGGCUGAAAAAAUAGAAGAGAGUAUUGAUUUUUUUUUAAUGUAAAGUAUUUUGGAGGGGAGAGUGAAAUCUUUUAACACUUUGAAUAAAUUUAGAGUUUUAUAAAACAGGCCACUUGUUUUCUACAUGCUCUCUGCUUUCUUCAGGGAGCACCUGCUGUGUUGGGAUGGGCGGAAUAACCCCAUGCCUGUAGCCCUGGUGAAGACUAGGACUUCAGUGAUGUCAAGAGGUCCUGGUGUGUGCCAGUCAGCUGGGGUUUUUUGUUUUUGUUUUUGUUUUUUGUAUGGAACAGUGGCUGUUCUAGACAAAUCCAAAAAAAAGUGGAUUGAUUUUUGUUAGGUAUUUAUGUUUCAGGAAUCACUGGAUUUAAAAAAAAAUUAUACUGUAUAUUAUGUGAGACAUGGGAUGGAUCUUUUAAUAUCCUAAUCCCAAACCAAGAUUUUUGAGUACAUCUCUAGAAAUACUUAUACUAAGUUUAAUGAUGUACUGUAUCAUUUCAAAAGCUAGUGUAACUGAUUAAACAUGAUUAACUGCACAGUAACAACUUAAUGCAUAAUGAUGUAGAUUUUCACAGGCAUUUGAGCAACCAAAUCAUAUAGAGCUGACCUGUCCAGUAUGGUGGUCAGUACCUACAUGUGGCUAUUUACAUUUAAUUUAAAUUUGUAAAAAUGUAAAAUGAACUUCCUCGGUUGCACUAGCCACAUUUCAAGUCCUCAGUAGUCAGAAGUGUCUAGCACCUAUGGUUCUGGGCUAUGCAAAUACAGAAGUUUAUAGAACAUUUCCAUAACUGCAGAAAGUUACAGUGGACAGUGCUGAUAUAGGAGGUUUAUAUAUUACAGCAGGAAAGUUUUACUAGCACCAAGAGGAAUCUUCGAUGUCAGUGACUCUUGGAAAAAUGAAUAUGAUGUAAAAUAACUUAAAAUGUAUUCUGUGAUUGUUUUUUUUCCUUGAACUUUUAGUUUUGAUGCAUGUACUAUACUGAUUAGAAAUUGACUUCUUAGAACGGAAAAAUCACACUUUUUUUUUUUUGCGGUACGCGGGCCUCUCACUGCUGUGGCCUCUCCCAUUGUGGAGCACAGGCUCUGGACACGCAGGCCCAGCGGCCAUGGCUCACGGGCCCAGCCGCUCCGCGGCAUGUGGGAUCCUCCCGGACCGGGACACGAACCCGCGUCCCCUGCAUUGGCAGGUGGACUCUCAACCACUGCGCCAGCAGGGAAGCUCCACACUUUUGAUUUUAGUAUUUUUUUUGUGAAGAAGCACUUGUGUGUCUGCUCUUCCCACCCCCACUCCCCCCAAAAAAGUCCAGUUGGAUUAGAUUUACUGAAGUUUUCCCUUUUGACAAUAUAGCAGGUUGAAAGUGCCCUAUCCUUAAUAACAGCUCUUGUGGGUUGGGACUUAAAGGGGCCAGGGAUUGUGCUGAGCACUUUGCAUACAAUAAUCGCUCAUAUGAUCGCCUUGUGAAGUGGGAAUUGCUGUCCCUCAGGAAAAAGUUCCUGAGAGUUCAAGUGCCUAGCUUGAGGCCAAGCUACCAAGUGGCACAGACUAGGCUAGAAUUUAAAUCAGGCUCUACCCGAGCCCAGAACCUCAGUUUCUUUUCCUUGUAUUGAACAUAAGAGUUAUAAAGCUCUCUGUAGGUGCUUUACAUGUUAGAACAGUCUCAGGCACAUAGCAAAGGCCCCACAAGCCUUUGCUGUUAUGACCGUUGAACAUUUUAAAGUUCCCCGUAGUUAAUAAUUGCCUUUUCACAUGCUUGGUUUUUUGGUGUAAGUAUCGUUUAUUCGGUGUUCAUAUCUCUCUCAGAAGUGUAAAUCUCCUUUUCUGUGUUCAAACACAUCAGGUAUUCUCAAUUUUACCUUUUCUCCCAUCCUCCUCCAACCUGAAUUGGUUACCCCAAAACAAAUGUA